UCUCCCCUCUCCCCCCACCCCCAUCCUUCCCUAGGACUGCCCAGCAGGCGUGGGAUUCCUCGGGCCAUGGCCCACAGUGCGGUACUGGCCUGGGUUUGGGCCCUGGCGCUUGGAACCGUCCCAGGGGCCCAAGCAGGUUGUGCGGAGCUCGGUCGCUGUUGUCCGGGCCGGGACCUGACGUGCGUCUCCCGGGGCUGGACAGCGGCAGGUCCUUCCCUGGGCCCCCAGCCCUGCUACUGCGACCAGGCGUGCAGCGCAGCCGGGGACUGCUGCCGGGAUUAUGGGAGUGCUUGCCCAGCUGUGACCUGCACAGUGUCUGAGUGGAGUGGCUGGAGCCGGUGUGUUGAGCCCUGCACUAUCACUUUCCGAGUCCGGAGGAGACAAGUCCUAAGAGAGCCAAGGAAUGGUGGUGGACCCUGCCCCCCACUGGAGGAAAGGGCUGGUUGUGUGGAAUACUGGAGCCAUCAGGGUGUGGAGUGCAAACAGGCCUUGAUCCCAGCUCUCAUAACCACUGGGGCCUUUCGGAAUGGGAGGAAAAAGAGGGCUCUGGCCCAUGAGAGAAAGUCAGCUGGGUACUGUGUCAUGUUCCAGCUUGUGACCAUCACUGUGGGCUGCCUUCAAACGAGGACCCCCUACACCCAGUGGAUGAGGUAUCUCACCCAAGGUCAUACAGUCUGUGUGAUGUGUGAGCCUCCUGCCCUGGAUAGGAGAAGCCUUCGGUGCUAUGGGGAUGGUAAAGGAUCCAGAGGGGACCAGCUGCUUCAGUGGCAGGCUGUUGGCAAUCCCAGCUGUAGAGGGACCUGGAAGAGAUUUCAGCAGCUGGAAGUCUGUUCCUGCCCUGCUGUCCACAGCUUCCUGUUUGUCUAGGGGCCAUGAACUUGUGCUAUCUGCCCAUAGAGGGCCUCUGAGCUUUGGGAUACUGGUGGACCAUCAUCUGUCACAGCUCCCUCCUCCCCAAGACUGAAAGCACCCCUCGUCUGACAUCCUUCUGUCCAUGUGAAGGUUCUCCUCACUCCUCCCCACAUUAAUCCUAAAAACACUGGAAAUCUACACACACACACACACA